GUGUUAUAUUUUUUAAAAGAAGCAAACGGCGAAUUGAUUGUGAAAAUUGGCCGAGGACGUGCAAAUACCUUAGGAAGGUAAGAUGAUGCAAGAUGAGCAUCUUGGUGGUCCAGCAAGACGGAAUGUUUUCAGUCAAGCGAUAGGAAGAAUAUCACAGGUAUAUUUGAUAUAUCAAAGAUAUUUGGACUUAUGGACCCCUCAUGUGGUAUCUAGAUGGAUAUUUGCUUCGUUGCUAAUAUUUGUUUUUAUUCUGCGUAUAUUUCUUGCACAAGGAUGGUAUAUUGUUACAUAUGCAUUAGGAAUUUAUCACUUGAAUUUAUUUAUAGCAUUUCUUACACCUAAAAUUGAUCCUGCCAUGGAUUUUGAUGAUGAUGGGCCAGAGUUACCCACACGAUCUAAUGAAGAAUUUAGGCCAUUUAUUAGGAGAUUACCUGAAUUUAAAUUCUGGUACUCUGUGAUGAAAUCUACUGUCAUAGCAAUGAUAUGCACUAUGUUUGAUUGUUUUGAUAUACCAGUAUUUUGGCCAAUACUGGUAAUGUACUUCAUAACUCUAUUCAGCAUUACAAUGAAGCGUCAAAUAAAACAUAUGAUUAAAUAUAGAUACCUGCCCUUCACUCAUGGAAAACCAAAGUACCAGAACCACGAGGAUACUUCGAGGUUAAUACCUUCAAAGUGAAUAGAUGUGAAGAGUCCACUUGUGGAAAUUUGAGGGGUGUCCUUAGUACAUUUAAAAAAGAAAUCCACCCAAACACACGUACAGAAAUCGAUUUCCCUGGUGCAAAUGCACUUCUUGAGAGAGAAAAAGAAAACAAACGAGAAAUAAACUCGGAAGUCGGAGUGCUAGAAUGCAAACGUGGAAAUUGCAUGAAUGAAUGUAUGAAUGUCGUCGGAAUGAGAGAGCGUUAACCUUUUUUCUUUUUUUCUAACGCAACGUAAAUAUUCCAAAUAAAUUUG